AUGCUGAAGACGGAGAGGGAGGAGGGAGAGCAUUGGUGCGCGCGGGGGAUGGGGACGAGGAGGAGGAGGGGCGGCGGAAUGCCGGGCGCGGCGUCGCUGCUGCUCCUGGCUAGCUGCUGCUUCUCCGUCUGGCCGCAGAGCCAAAUCUUGGUCGCCGCCACCACCGACGCCACUGACCUUACUGCCCUCAACACGCUCUUCACCAGCUUGAAUUCUCCGGGGCAGCUCAAAGGCUGGCAAGUGAAUGGCGGUGACCCCUGCGGCGAAUCAUGGCAGGGCAUCACUUGCUCAGGAUCGUCGGUUACAGCAAUCAAACUGCCAAGCUUGGGGCUGUCCGGGAAUUUGGGCUACAAUAUGAAUACCAUGAGUUCAUUGGUCGAGAUUGAUAUGAGCCAAAACAGCCUUGGUGGCGGACAAGCGAUACAGUAUAAUCUCCCCACAGCUAAGCUUGAGAGGCUCAAUCUCGCAGGAAACCAGUUCGGUGGAAAUUUGCCCUACUCGAUUUUCUCGAUGAAUAAUCUUAAAUAUUUAAAUCUUAACCAUAACCAGUUACAAGGAAAGAUGACCGACGUAUUUUCCAACCUUGGUAGCUUGACAACAGUGGAUCUCUCCUUUAAUUCUCUUACUGGUGACCUACCAGAAGGUUUAAGUUCACUGUCAAGUGUUAAGACUCUAUAUUUGCAGAACAAUCAGUUGACCGGUUCUAUCAAUGUCCUAGCUGAUCUUCCCCUUUCUGAUCUGAAUGUUGCAAAUAAUCGCUUCACUGGUUGGAUUCCUAGUCAGCUUAAGAAGAUAAAUAGUCUACAGACUGAUGGUAAUUCUUGGACUUCGGGACCAGCUCCACCGCCACCGCCAUUCACAGCUCCACCUUCAAACCGUCGGAAGAGCCCAGCUAAAAAAGACAGUGGUUCAUCAUCUUCUGAUGGAAAGUCUGGAAUAAGUGGCGGGGCUGUAGCGGGCAUUAUCAUAUCUUUGCUGGUUGUCGGAGCAAUUGUUGCAUUCUUUGUGAUAAGAAAGAAACGCAAAUCUAAAAGGGAAGAGCACUUUGAACAGCACCAGCCAUUCACUUCAUUCCCUUCAAACGAAGUUAAAGACAUGAAGCCUUUUGAAGAGUCAACCACAAUAGAUGUGGACUCUUUGGCUUCCCCUGCUUCAGUUGGUCUGAAGCCACCUGCCAAGAUUGAACGCAACAAGUCAUUCGAUGAUGAUGAUGACUUCUCAAGCAAACCUGUCGCAAGGAAAAGCAACACAAAACCUAUAAAGGCAGUUGUUUAUUCAGUUGCAGAUCUACAAAUAGCAACAGAUAGCUUCAGCAUGGAUAACCUUGUUGGAGAGGGUACUUUUGGACGUGUCUACAGGUCACAGUUCAACGAUGGAAAGGUUUUGGCCGUGAAGAAACUAGAUUGUACUGUAAUACCAUUCCAAUCAUCUGAAGACUUUGUUGAACUGGUCUCAAACAUUUCGAUUCUGCACCAUCCGAAUCUCAAUGAGCUUGUGGGCUAUUGCAUGGAACAUGGACAACACUUGCUUGUAUAUGAUUUCCACAGGAACGGAUCACUUCAUGAUCUACUUCAUCUUUCAGACGAAUACAGCAAGCCACUUAGCUGGAACUCCCGCAUUAAGAUCGCACUAGGCUCUGCCCGCGCACUGGAGUAUCUUCAUGAAGUGUGUUCUCCGUCUGUCGUCCAUAAGAAUUUCAAGUCAUCCAACAUUCUGCUCGACUCAGAAUACAACCCGCACGUUUCAGAUGCUGGACUUGCAAGCUUUAUUCCUGAUGCCGAGUUCCAGACAGCAGAACAGAGUGCCGGGUGCACUGCCCCAGAGGUGGACAUGACUGGCCAGUACACAAUGAAGAGUGAUGUCUACAGCUUUGGGGUUGUCAUGCUAGAGCUUUUGACCGGACGCAAACCAUUUGACAGCUCCAAGCCUAGGUCGGAGCAGUCGCUCGUGCGGUGGGCGUCUCCCCAGCUCCACGACAUCGAUGCCUUGGACAGGAUGGUUGAUCCUGCGCUCAAGGGCCUGUACCCUGCCAAGUCUCUGUCCCGAUUCGCCGACGUGCUCGCCCUGUGUGUCCAGGCUGAGCCGGAGUUCAGGCCACCGAUGUCGGAGGUGGUGCAGGCGUUGGUCCGGCUCGUGCAGAGGGCCAACAUGACGAAGAAGAUGCUCGACGGCGACGCCUCCCGGCGAGGAGAUGACCAGGACCAGGAUUUCAUAUGA